UUUUUUUUUUUUUUUUUCUUCAUAGAUUUCCAGGAACGAUGGUAUCUGGUCCAUGGGCAUCUUUAUCAAUGUCUUUGGUCUAUACGCCCUGAUUUAUUAUUAUUCAGUAUUGAGUGUGUUAGAUUAUAACUAGCGAUGAGGAAUGAUUUCAUCUUUUUUUUUUCUUUCCUUCUUUAUUUCUUUCCUAUGUCUCUUGCCCGCUUACUGACUCGAUGUAUUGAAUGUACGCUUAAAUACCAGGGAUUGGAGAAUCAAAAUAACACAAGAUACAAGGAUCGGUCGGUGAUUACAAACAAAUUGGGGGAAGAGUUACUCACAUAUCUAUAUACACCUCGACCCCGUUGAGUAGCUUCAUUCGUACAUCGUAUCUACUGAC